AUGGACGCUUUACCACCUGGUAUCGACCCAUCUCAGGUGCCUCUCGCCAAAAACCCAUCUGGCGCACCACCUAACUUUGUCGACCCUCCUUCCCUACUGAUUGCAGUUCAGUCAGUCGGUAUCAUCCUUGCCGCCAUCUCGUUGAUGCUAGUUAUCUCCAGAUUCAUUCUUGGACAUCGUUUAAAACGUCCAUUUGGCCUGGAUGACCUCUCCGUUGUGUUGGCAUGGAUGCUCGCGGCCGUAUACACCGGCGUUUCCUGCGCUCUUGGGGGCGUCACUAGACAUGCCUGGGAUACGCCCAUUACCUUUCUUGACUCGGAUUACAUCAAGAAACUCUUCGUAACUAGCUUGGUUUACGGUCCCAUGCUGUUCUUCAGCAAGGCGUCCAUUCUGAUCAUGUACUACCGCACAUUUCAGCGAAAGGUCUGGCUGAGGGUUUGCAUCUAUGUUCUUCUUGCUAUCAUGAUUGGAACAUACUGGAUGACUGUCCCCCUUUGCUUCUACUACUGCAUGCCGCAUCCCAACACCGACCAGAAAUGGGACCUCAAUAUCCUCGGCAACUGCAAUCACCUCGCCACCCCCGGCCUAGUCCAGGCAGGCAUGAAUAUCGCUGCAGACAUUGCCAUCUUUGUUCUCCCGCUGCCCAUCGUGUUCAAGCUGCAAAUGCCACUCGGGAAGAAAAUUGGUGUUGCGGCUAUUUUCGCAACCGGUUUAUUUGCCCUUGCUGCAAGCGCCCUCACAACAUACUACCGCGUUCAAAUCAUUAGAGGAUACGACGUCUCAUGGGCUGGUGCUCAAACCUACAUCUGCAUUCAAACCGAAGUCUAUACUUCCAUUGCUGUGGCGUGCAUGCCAUCGCUCGCCAAAGUCUGGAACAGCAAAAUCAAGGAAUCUCGCUUGUAUGGCAGCAUGCAGUCACUAUUGUCCUUUAUCAAGGGCGGAUCGUCCAACAACAGCUCUGCUCGACACUACGCCGAGAGUGACUCGUCGUCUCAGCUACGAAUGAAGGGGUAUAAUGAGAUUCGUGCGUCUGCUGACUCGGAGGCGGUGCCGACCUUUGGACGGGGCAUUCACAAGAAGACUACAAUUGAAAUGAGCUCCAUGCCUGGAGUGUAUACUCGGAGUCGUCCGUAG